AUGGCGGUACAUGUCUGGAUGACUGGUCCAAGUCAAUAUCAGUGUCUCUGUGUAGAUGGAUUUACUGGAACGCAUUGCGAAGUCAAUAUUGACGAAUGUGAAAGUAAUCCAUGUGAAAAUAAUGGUGUAUGUGUGGAUGAAGAUAAUGGGUAUACAUGUUCAUGUCCAGAUGGUUAUAGUGGCGAUACAUGCGAAGAAGAACUUGAUGAAUGUUUGUCAUUACCCUGUCUAAAUGGUGGCACGUGUAUUGAUGGAGAUCAUAGCGUGACUUGUAUCUGUGCAGCGGGUUUUAUGGGAGGUUUAUGUGAAGAAAAUAUCGAUGAAUGUGAAUCUGGUCCAUGUGUUAAUGGUGGUACAUGUCUUGAUGGUAUAAAUAAGUACGUGUGUGCCUGUCCAAUGGGAUCUAUGGGAGAUUAUUGUGAAGAAGUUGUUAGUGGAUGUGACCCAACGAGAUGUCAUCAUGGCGGUACAUGUCUUGAUACUGGUCCCAGUCAAUAUCAGUGUCUCUGUGUAGAUGGAUUUACAGGAACACAUUGCGAAGUCAAUAUAGACGAAUGUGAAAGUAAUCCAUGUGAAAAUAAUGGUGUAUGUGUGGAUGAAGAUAAUGGGUAUACAUGUUCAUGUCCAGAUGGUUAUAGUGGCGAUACAUGCGAAGAAGAAGUUGAUGAAUGCUUGUCUUUCCCCUGUCUAAAUGGUGGCACGUGUGUUGAUGGAGAUCACAGCGUGACUUGUAUCUGUGCAGCUGGAUUCAAGGGGGAUUUAUGUGAAGAAAAUAUCGAUGAGUGUCAAUCCGGUCCAUGUGAUAAUGGUGGUACAUGUCUUGAUGGUAUAAAUAAAUAUGUCUGUGCCUGUCCAAUGGGAUAUAUGGGGGACCAUUGUGAAGAAGGUACAAUAUAUAAUAAAUUUUGUUAA